UCUGUGACGUUAUGGAAGAGGGAUACUUUUAUACUGGGAGGGUGGCGAGAUGCUAAAUUUAACCCCACACAACAGAAGCCUUUUCAAAGAAAAUCUCUAUUUCUGUAAAAAAAAAAAUCCACCCAAAAACACCCGUUUUUGUUUUUUAGGCCGGGCUACUCAGCUUCGUUCAUGACAGCCACACUGCCUAGCAUUGGGCAAGUGCCAAUGCUAGUAGCCACCCUCGCAUGCAUGAGCUUCACCAUCGUUUACUUGGCUGGAUUCUACGUCUUUGUCGACAUUCGAACAGGUGGAACAGGUCGGUCGCGCAAUGAACCCAAGGUCAUUGUGGCUCGGUGCAAGGCUGUCAUCAUAUCCUCCAUCCUCACAGCAUUCUUAGUAUGGCUUAUACUAAGACUUUAUGGCGCAUGGCCCGAUAGCUCAUCUAUAAUGGAUCAAAUCCAUUCUUUGCUUUGGAUACUUGGAGUAGUACCACCAUCGUCGUGGUUUGCUUUGGUCAAUGUGAUCUGUCUGCCCGUGCUACUGACGGCAAGUCUAUUUCUCGGUCCUCUAUCAUUGAUGUUCCUGGAUAAUUCUUUGAUCUUUCAAUCGAAUUUUUCAUUCCAUCGCGAUGUUCGACAAAACAUCCUGUCUCUUGAAGGAGUGCGUAACUUUGUCAUUGGUCCGUUGACAGAAGAAUUUGUAUUUAGAGCAUGUGUAAUAGCACUGCUGAAAUUCUCUGGAUACUCAAACAUGUAUCUGGUAUUUGCCUCUUCACUUUAUUUUGGCCUUGCUCAUCUUCACCACGCAUGGGAAAAGUAUCAUGAUUACGGCGCAAACGCUCGCGCUCUCAAGACUGCUUUACUUCAAUCAGGGUUUCAAUUUUUGUACACUACGGUUUUCGGCUGGUAUGUAAGCUGGAUCUUCAUCCGAACCGAUAGCAUAUUGGCCCCAACCCUUUGCCAUACGUUUUGCAAUAUAAUGGGAUUCCCUGACGUCAAUGCCAUUAAAGACCAUAAGCCAGUGACACAAAAGAUUUUAUGUAGUUCAGUGUAUGUCUGACUGAAAAACAAAUCUCAUUGGUACAUCACUUUAUCAGUUUUCGCUAGUUGGAAAUGCUUAUCAAAAGG